AUGGAAUCACUGGCAAGCCUUUCGCUAAAUGCAGCCAUUGAGUGGUAUGAGACGGACCUCAGUGAAGACAUUAAGGAAUUCAAGGCGAAGAAGGACAUAAAGAAUCAGCAAUGUGCACAGGCAGAAUUCGCGAAAAUGAAGGAGAACAUUCGCGAACAGACUUACAAAGACGUCUUGGAUGAGGACAAACGCCGAGUAAUGUCAAGCAACGAAAGCGCGGAAAAUAGAAGAAUUAUUCGCGCAAAUACGGAUAAUAUUAUACAAUACUAUAUUGUCCUGGAGUUUGCUUAUUGGUUUAUCCAACUUGAGAAAUUUCUAUGGGUGACAAACAUGCCAGGAGUAGACGCGUAUUACGUCCGAGGACAAGAUUGA